CACAGAAACCUUGCUGCACAACUUCUGCCAUUGUACACGUGAGAAACACCAUUUUAUGCCAGUUCGCUGUACUUGGAAGAAACCUGGGACUAAAUUGCGCAGUUAGAAUAUAUAAUUCUCUUUUUUUCAUCGCGACCAAAGUGCAGCAUGUCUUGCCCGACCACCCAGUAUUCUAAUGACGCUUUGGUGGCUCUGAAAGCCAUCGGCAACUGCGGCGGCGACACCGUCCCCCUGCCUCUGUUACCCCCCUCCACGUCUACGGGAGUGUUUACCACUGUAGGGGGGAUGGAGAGCACGUACGUACCCCCCACGCUCGUCUCCUUCUCGGCAGAGGGGGUCCGUACCUGUCUGUCCCCCACCGCCUUCUCACCUGUGUCCUCCAUCAUGAACCUGAGUACGGCGGGCGGGUACCCGUCCUUCGCGCCCACCCCGACUCCUCUCCCGCCCAUCUCCCUGGGUCUGGACCUGGUCCUGAAGAAGCCGCUCAACGCCAGCAGUACCUACGGGGCCGACUCCACCGCCUCCUUCUUCUCCGCGCCCGUCAUCACGUCCGAGCCGGAUCGGCACGACACCGGUCCCCACCUGUACCCUGGCACGGACGUGUCCCCCCUCUCCCUAUCGCUGGUGCACAAGCCCCCUCCGGACGGGGACGGAGGCCCCCUCGGCGUGGGCCACCCCCUGUCGCUGACCUGCAAAUCCGCCAACGCCCCGCCCGAGCCCAACACCCCCGAGCUGAGGGAACUAGAGGAGUUCGCCAACGACUUCAAGCUGCGCAGGAUUAAGCUGGGUUACACACAGACGAACGUGGGUUCUGCGCUGGCGUCGGUGCACGGUACCGACUUCUCCCAGACAACCAUCUGCCGCUUCGAGAACCUCCAACUCAGUUACAAAAACGCCUGUAAGUUGAAGCCGAUCCUGCAGAAGUGGAUUGAAGAGGCAGAGAACAGCGGCGGCCCGGGCGGGGACAAGCUCCCGGGGAACGAGAGGAAGCGCAAACGUCGGACGACGAUCGGGCUGUCUGCCAAGGAGGCGCUGGAACGCCACUUCCUCAAGCAGGCCAAGCCGUCCUCUCAGGACAUCGUGCGCGUGGCGGACUCCCUGCGGCUGGACAAGGAGGUGGUCCGAGUCUGGUUCUGCAACCGGCGGCAGCGGGAAAAGCGCGUCAAGACAUCCCUGCACAGCAGCGCCCUCUACCUGCAUGGUGAAGAACUGAAGGACUGA